AUGAUGAACGCGCAGUACUGCGGUCAGCAGGGUGCGUGCUACGAGCGAACUACCGAGGGCAUGGUAAUCGUGCAGGACCCCAUGCCGCAUUACAAGGUGGUGGGUGUGCAGCAGGUGGCGACUCGGCCUUGGUGGUGCGUUUGGGUAUGCUGGUGUUUCCCGCUGACCAUGCUCUUGUUGCUGGGCUUGAUCUUAUUAUUCUCCAACCACUCUACUUCGACGACCACGACGACAGAGAUCAUUACAACAACGACGUUCAAUUGUGACGACACCGUUGGCCGGAGUGUUUGGUCAUUGCAGCAGCGUGCUUGGUGCUGCAGGCAUUUCCAGAAGGGCUGUCCCACGUCAGAGCCAGCGCCCUGGGAGUGCUGCCCCCUCGUGCUCAGUAUCCAGACAGACGCGAAGGACUCCGUGCCGGACGACCCGGACUGCGACGUCAGGCAGUGGCCUCCAGAGCGCAGAAGCUGGUGCUGUAUGCACAAGGGCACGGGAUGCCCCAGGAAGACCUCUCUGCCGUUCGACUGUUACGACGGGUUUAUCACCUGGAACGAGUCGUGGUCGGAUGAGAAGAGGGCCUGGUGCUGCCAGAUGCAGGGCCGAGGCUGCCCAGAGAGGAGCUCGCUGCCCUACGAUUGCUACAACGGCUACGACAGCUGGGAGAGCGUCUGGGCGGAUGACAAGAAGCAGUGGUGUUGCGAGCACUUCAACUACGGCUGCCCCCCGCGCAGCUCCCUGAAAUUUGAUUGCUACGAUGGCCUGGCGAGUUGGUCAACCAAGUGGGCAGACGCGAAGAAGGCUUUCUGCUGUCACGAGUUUGGCAUCGCUUGCGCGAUCUCGUCUUCCGCUCCCUACGACUGCGAGUCGGACUACAGCAGUUGGCAGACGUCCUGGGAUGCUGGGAAGAAGCAUUGGUGCUGCACCCACGAGGAGAGAGGCUGCGUGAAGACGACCACCGCUCCCUUCGACUGCACCGAAGGCCUCCAGCAGACAGAGAAGUGGCCUGCCGUGAAGCAAGAGUGGUGCUGCUUCCACCAGGCCCUCGGGUGCCCAGAGCCCAGCUCGCUCCCGUACAACUGCUACCUGGGCCUCGACACGUGGGAAGGGAACUGGUCGUUCGAGAAGAAGUCCUGGUGCUGCGUCCACACGGGCCAGGGCUGCCCGCCGCGGACCUCGCUCCCGUUCGACUGCUACGCCGGCGCAGAGAGUGCCUGGAAAGAGGACAAGGCGGAGUGGUGCUGCUACCACCAGGGCGUGGGCUGCCCGUCCACGACCUCGCUGGCCUUCGACUGCUACAAGGACUUUGACAGGUGGCAGACCGACUGGUCAAAUGCGAAGAAGCUGUUUUGCUGCGACAUGUUCGACAUGGGCUGCAACCGCACGGAACCCUCGGCUCCGUUCGAUUGCUUCGCUGGCCUGAACAAUUGGGAAAAAGGCUGGUCGAUCGAGAAGAAACAGUGGUGCUGCCAGUUCACGCGCAAGGGGUGCCCGCAGCCCACCUCGAAUCCGUACGACUGCUUCGAGGACUUUGAGCAGUGGGACUCGAAAUGGUCUACACCGAAGAAGGAUGGUGGUGCUGCGUGA